AUGGAUUUGCAAGUGUCAAGUCCAUCCUAUCUCUAUGACAUGGAUUAUAGUAUGUCAGUACCCUGCCAAAAAACCAAUGUAAAACAGAUUGCAGGCCAGCUCCUGCCCCCACUCUACUCUCUGGUAUUCAUCUUUGGUUUUGUGGGUAACAUGUUGGUCUUCCUCAUCCUGAUAAGCUGCAAAAAGCUGAAGAGCAUGACUGACAUUUACCUGUUCAACCUGGCCAUCUCUGACCUGCUUUUCCUGUUCACUCUCCCACUCUGGGCCCACUAUGCUGCAAAUGAGUGGGUCUUUGGAGGUAUAAUGUGUAAAUUAUUCACAGGGAUCUAUCACAUUGGUUACUUUGGUGGAAUCUUCUUCAUUAUCCUCCUGACAGUUGAUAGGUACUUGGCUAUUGUCCAUGCUGUGUUUGCUCUAAAAGCCAGGACAGUCACCUUUGGGGUGAUGACAAGUGGAGUUACUUGGGUGGCGGCUGUGUUGGCGUCUGUCCCAGAAAUAAUCUUUACCAGAUCUCAAAAAGAAGGUUUGCAUCAUUCAUGUAGUCCUCAUUUUCCACACACCCAGUAUCGCUUCUGGAAGAGCUUCCAAACGUUAAAGAUGGUCAUCUUGAGCCUGGUCCUGCCACUGCUUGUCAUGGUCAUCUGCUACUCAGGAAUCCUCCACACACAGGCUCUGGGUAGGAAUGAGAAGAAGAGGCACAGGGCUGUGAGGCUCAUCUUUGCCAUCAUGAUUGUGUACUUUCUCUUCUGGACUCCCUACAACAUUGUCCUUCUCCUGAUCACCUUCCAGGAAUUCUUUGGACUGAAUAAUUGCACUAGUUCUAAUAGACUAGACCAGGCUAUGCAGGUGACAGAAACUCUUGGAAUGACACACUGCUGCAUCAACCCUGUCAUCUAUGCCUUUGUUGGGGAGAAGUUCCGGAAUUAUCUCUCAGUGUUCUUCCAAAAACACAUUGUCAAACGCUUUUGUAAACACUGUCCAAUCUUCCAGCAAAAUAAUCUUGAUCGUAUGAACUCAGUCUGUACCCGGUCCACAGGGGAGCAGGAUAUUUCUACUGGUUUAUGA